AUGCAUUUCCAGGCCCUACUUGUCGGCUUUUGCGCCUUUGUGGCUGCAAUUGCCAUUGCCAGCCCUGUUCCUCGAGAUAGUCCCUUUGAGGACAUGCUCAGCAAGAGACAGUCCGCGCCGAUGAAUUCCUCCCUGAUGGUGGAUCUGGGCUAUGAGAUGUACAAUGGCGUGCAUAAUUCGACUUCUGGCUUGAACACUUGGCUUGGAAUCCGCUAUGCUGCUCCUCCUACCGGUCAAAUGCGCUUCCAGAAGCCGCAACCUCCAAAGUCAAAUCGCAAUAUGGUCAUUCAAGCGAAUGCCCUGCCUCCACGGUGCCCUCAAUCUUCAUUUCUUCCAUAUUAUGUGAGCGGCACAAAUAUCACUGGCAACGAGGACUGUCUGUUCCUCAGCGUAUAUGCGCCGCCUAAUGCUACAAAUUUGCCCGUGUUUGUGUGGAUUCAUGGCGGUGGAUAUGGACUAGGACAGGGAGACCAAGAUCCGACAAUGUUAAUGGCCGCGAACAAUAAUUCAUUUGUAUCUGUUAUUAUACAAUAUAGGCUUGGCGCAUUCGGAUUCCUUUCUUCGGAUGAAGUGUAUCGCUACGGCACGCCUAACGCAGGUAUCCAUGACCAGUAUUUUGCUCUGGAAUGGACGCAGUCUUAUAUCCACUUGUUUGGCGGCAAUUCCUCUCAGGUGACAGUUGCAGGCGAAUCUGCCGGCGCAGGAUCAGUCAUGCUCCAAGCCAUGGCGUUUGGAGGGCAAGAUGGGACCAGACUUUUUAGUAACGCCAUUGCUGCUAGUCCGUAUCUGCCCACGCAAUGGGGCUACGCGGACUUUGUUCCGUCGCAGUCAUACUAUGCAUUUGCCAAUGCAGCGGGAUGCUUCCACGGCGUCAACUGGGGCGGCUUCAACAAUUCCAUUUUCGAGUGUCUUCUCAACAAAGACACAAUGACGUUGCAAAUGGCCAGCAAUAACGUCUCUAUCGAGGGAAAAUUCGGCACCUGGGGAUUCUUGCCCGUCACGGAUGGAGAAUUCAUUCAGAACUUGCCUUCGGUGCAACUGCAGCAGGGCAAAGUCAAUGGUCUCCGUAUGCUUGCGGGGAAUAAUGCCAAUGAAGGACCGCUGUUCACGCCCCAAAAUAUCACGACCGAGGACGACUUUUUGGCAUUCCUCAAUACCACGUUCCCGCUAUUCGACAAUGACGAUCUCGCAAAAGUCUUGAUGUAUUACCCUUCAUCAAACGCGUCUGAUACUCCCAGCAUGCCUCGCUUCAGCACCACUGGCACAUCCGGUCCGUCUGCAUUGAAUGAAAGUGAAUUCGGCACUGGUCAGCAACAGCGCGCAGACAACCUGUACGGCGAAAGCACCUUUUCCUGCCCCGCGUACUGGCUCGCCGAAGCGUACACGAAGCCCGGCUACGAAGCGUAUCGAUACCAGUAUUCUGCCCCGCCGGCCCAGCAUGGCAGCGACGUGCAAGCGUACUUUGGCCCGCCUUCGCCCUUGUACUCUCCUGACCUGAUGAACGCCUUUAUGCAAAUAUGGGGCAACUUCAUCACGCACAACAACCCAUCCAUUCCCAACGCGGUCGCCAACAACGCUACGUCUUCCACUGCUUCCAAUUCCACGUCGUCCUCUUCCGCGAAUAAUACAUUCAACCCAGCAAGCCAAUGGCCCAUGUACUCGCUCGCCCAGCCAUACAUGAUCAACCUCAACGUGACCUUGUCUACCGGCGGAAUGGCAGCGAAUAUGACGAGCAUCAGCGCCGUGCCUGGCGCCCCGAACGUGUCUGUCCUCACGGGCCCCAAUGUCGUCAACGACUUUAGUCUUGUCAAUGCGUAUACGUGGGAGGCUGGACGAGGUAUCCGCUGUGAUUUCUGGAGAAGCAUUGGUAGUUUGGUUCCGGAGUAG